UUCCGCCCGUGCAGGUUUCACAUAAAUACACGUGCACGCGCCUACUUGCACGUGACAAUUUCGCCUUCUCUCUCGCUGCUAACCGCGGGCACACGUGCGACGGACAGUCGAACGCGACAGUUCGCGCGCCGCGCUGCUGCUCACGUGGAUACGUGGGUGUAACUUCUGGAGUCGCGGAACAGCUGCUGCCUGACAUUCCACGUUUCCGCGAUGCGUUCGAACCGCAUAUUAUGCGGUGCGCUGCACCCAUGUAAUGUUUCGCCGUGACACUUCGCGAGUGCCCCGAAGUUGCGGGUGCGGCUCGACCCGCGAGGAUCGUCAUUCUCAAAUCGAUCGGCCGUGGAUGCUUGUAGAAGAUCGCCUGAAAUGAGACGUACUUUAACGAGCGAUCGCAGAAAUGCCUACGAAAAAUUUGAAAGCGUUAGAUAUCCUGGAUGCUCUAGAAUCGAGGCUCGCAUAUAUUCCAGGUGGUCGCGAUCGUGACGGCCGACCUUUGAUCGUAAUUAGCGUCCCGCCCGAACUCGACCCAACGACGAAGCCGAAACUGGAAUCGCUCGUUUUAUAUUUCUUGUCGAUUUUCAGCGAGGAGACGAUGGAAAACGGCUUGGUUUUGAUCGUGGACGCGCGUCGCGGUGCAUGGCGCGUGGCUAGGUCCUGUAUCAGACUAUCCACGAGUCUGAUGGGGUCCAAGGUGGUCUCCGUAAUCGUGGUGCGACCGGAUGGUUUCUGGGACAAACGUGUCGACAGCUGUACAAAGUCGCACAAGGAAGGCGAACCGACAUACGUUACCUUGACGAGGCUCCACGUUUGUAUCGAUUUCUCCCAGUUACCUUAUGAACUUGCGGGCAACAAAGCGUACAAUCACGUCGAAUGGAUCAAAAAGCGUAUGAAAAUAGAAGAUUACUCGAGAGACGCGUUGGAACUUGUGUCGAAGAUGACGAAUCUGCAUCAAAGGUUGAAUACCCUUGAUGGUAUUCGCAUGACGCAGUCAGACGAUGACGUAGAAUCCUAUUGGGAGAUCGGUACAGAAUUGUUGUCAGCGGCCGGUCAUAUACUCCAAUCAGGUAGAAAUCUAGUAAGCUCUAUGAGCAGAGAAUCCUCUAAGGAUACCUUGGACACUGUAAAAGGAAUUCACAAGCUGCUCGAUUCCAUCGAACUGAAGCAGAUGGACAUUGAAAAUUCGUGGACAGAGAUGGAACGGAAUCUGGAUACCGCUAGAGUGAUCGAGGAUCUCGAGCAGGGUGUGUCGAGCGUUACCGAUUGGAUUCUGGGUCCGGCUGACACGAUGCUGAACUCCUGUUGGCAGGUUGGCUUCGACGUUUCUUCGUCCGAGGAAUUGCGAAGGCAGCACGAAAAACUGGAGCUUCAAUGCCGGGAAACCUAUGGCCGAUACGCAGAGUUGCUUCACAGGAUUGACAGUUUUCCUAAAAGCCGACUACCGGAAGACUUAAAGUCUCAGAGAGACUUCAUGGAUUUCGUUUGCCGCAGCUUCGCUUCGCGACUCGAAAGACGCAGGAACGUACUAAUCACUUCGCAGAGAUUCUUCAGGCUCGUCUCCGAGUACUUCGAUCGGACGAGCGAAGUGUUCGAUCAGUUAGUCAUGGGCAGCAGGAGUUACAAUUUUUCCCAGGCGAGCGUCAAACUCCUAACACUGGAAAAGAGUCAAACGGUUCUGGACGGCUUAGAGCGCGAGCUCGUGAAGGAGGGCGAGAAACUGUCGGACAUUCUCUCCAUGCCCGUGAAGGACGCACUUGGCCGAGAAGUUUGCGUGAAUUACGACGAGGAUAUCGUCAACGUGAAGGACAUAUUGGACGCGACGAACGCCCGGAAGAACAUCUUCAACGACAGCGUGGAACUGCAGAAGCUGUCGUUGAAGCAGAUAGCUCUGAUACAUAUGUACGAGAGCGACGCCGAGCAGGCUGUCAAGUGGCUGAACGAUUUAUUCAACGUUCUGCUGCGGAAUCAUAUGGAGGUCGGUUGCAACGCGAAGGAAAUACAAUCGCAGAAGGAGGAUCACCAAUCCUUUCAAGAAACCGCGAAGGGGACUUACGAGUACGGCGGUCAAUUGGUGAACGGCGCUCGCGUGCUGAGACUAUCCUGCAGGAUAUCGUUGGAGAGCAACGCCAGUCUCUUUUCGAGAUUGCGGCAAGCUUGGCGGCAGCUUCGCUCUGUCAGCCAAGAGCAGCUAACCAGGCUGCGAGUAUGCGCCGUUUUUCACAGAAACGUCGAAGAUCACUGUACCAGAUUGAGAAACAUAAUAGAAACGGUGACAGUUCUGCAUCGCGCAUCGAAGGACGAAGACGCGACCGCGGAAUCUCGUAUCAGGACGGGCAUGAGAGACAUCCUUGACAAUCGAGAGAAGCUUUUGUUGGAGGUCGGACGAAUGGUGAGGUUGGGCCGCCUUCUUAAAACCAGAUUGAAGGAACCGCUUUAUCAUCAACGGUAAGUACGACGAGAGAAGUCAUUAAGAG